GUGGAACAUGUCGAAGUUGAAGUUAUGGUGUAAACGAAGAUACAGCGACCUUGUAACUCGAUCAAGAAACGUAGGAAUUCUUUUAAUUUAUUACACAAAUCUUUGGAGGUAAGCUUAUAAGUACAUUGGAUUCGAUCAGUAACAGUAACAUUGUGAUAAUUAAAAGAGUUAAAGAUAAUCAGAUCAAGGCAAUUCAUUUGGCUGAGUCCAAAAUUUAUGAAUAUCGAUAAAUAAUUGUAUGAUUCAGUUUGAGACAUAAGCAUGAUUCCUAAGUCUAAUUACAGAUGUAAGAACUACUAGAUUACCGAAACUCUUUACGGUAACUAAUUUACAUUAUCAACUCAUCUGAUAAAAUCAAAUUACUUUUUUAUUCCCCCACUGACGCAACUUCUUUACAACCUUACCCCGUUUAUGAAUUUGAAACAGUCGGACUAUCAUUCCACUGGCUUUUUGCACAAAUUUUUAUUGCUAUGGACUACCAUAAUUUGGUGUGGCUGUUGUGAUGUCACAUGAAAGCAAACCAGCUUGAAAGCACAGUGUAAACAAGGUAUAUCGGUAGAUUGGUUGCUUAGAAGUUGUUAAGAAUCCAAUGACUCACAAUGAACAGAGUCUAUCUUGAUUUAAUUUCUUUAACAUUAAUAUAUUGAUAAUCCCUUCAGCUGAGAUAUUGGUUCAUUGCAAGCACUUAAAUGUACUGUUUAUAAAACUCCAGGAUUAAUUUGAUUAUCCAUAAUAAUAUAAGCUGAUGUUCUGUUCUCCAUAGAUACAACUCACAGAAGGCUUUAGAAGCCUUUCUCCAUGGGCAACCACAGCAACAAGCGCCAGUACCUUUUAUGGUAAUUAUCAUGCUAUAAUGAUAAAUUCAGUGCAAUGUUCAGCAUGAAUGAUAACAGUUUGGUAUUUGGACUAAUGCUCUAGGGAGGUUUGUCCUUGGAGGGGGGAGGGGGUGCCUCCUAGUAAUAGGCUAAUGGGGAUAUGCCCCUGGAUGGAGUCAGAUUUUCACAACAGGAUUGACUAUUAUGUGGUUGCAUUUUCAAUAGACUGGAAUGGAGUUGCACAUUUUCGGGAUUUUAGGGUAAAAAAAUUCUGGCAAGGAGGGAUUUAAAAAAAACAGACAGUUAUUAAGUUGGGAACACAUGAAUUAAAUUUGCCCAAAAUUGAUUAAGUGUAUAUAAUAUAAUAGGACAUGGGUUCUGAAAGAUUAGGGCACAUACCCUGCAAAAAUUGACUUAAGUACCCCCUUUGAAGUUAGAGAGUAACACUCAAAUCUGUGGCAGUGGAGAUGUAGUAUACACUGGCCUGUCAAACUCAAACAACUUAAAAUUUUGAAAAAUAAUAAAUGCAUUUGCUUUGGGACAGGACUUCUCAGUGGAGUUGGCAGUUAAGGGGUGAAAAGACAGUGAUUCUAUCAGCACUAAGAUGUAAACAAAUGGGUUUUAAAGCUUUAGGAAAAAUGCUCACCUUUUGAUGUCUAUUGACUCAUUUCAUUGGGGUAUGAAUGGUUUUCAAGAGCCAGAAAAGUGAACUAAGUAGAGUGUUAACCCUUUAACUCCCAUGAGUGACCAAGAAAUAAUUUCUCCUUACAAUACAACAACAACCAGAUAUAACAUUAUAAGAAUUGUAAGAUUGACAGUAAGGAGAAUUACAAAUUUGAUCUGGGAGUUAAAGGGUUAACCCUUAAACCCCAAAGAGUAAUUUCUCCUUACAACAUCAGCCCUGAGUCAAAGUAAACUCCAGUCCUGUGUUCACAAAAGACCAACUUUUUAUUCCAAACUUCAAGACAUGUGUUGUUCCCAAGAGUAGGACACAUGAACCCCUUUACACAAGGUAUCACCUGAACACAUAGCUCAUGUAAACAAUACAACUGUAAAAUAAUAUGACAAACACACAGCUACGUCAAAAUGAUCCCCAAUUAUAGAAUCUCUUGAUUGUUAAACAAAUUCUCCUCAGCAGCACUGUAGGAAAUGUAUUGUGAACAGUGUGGGGAAUAUAAAAACUGAUGUUAGUGUAAGAUAGCUUAAGUAACACCCAUAGGGUCAAAUGUUUCAUAACUCCCAAUAUGGACAAUUUGUUAUUCUAUGAAAAAUGAAAAUACAUUUUGUAAAUUGCAAUGGGCACUUCUUUCCAGUGGCAUGACUGAUGUGAUUUUGAGGAGUCAAGAAACUUGGGGGUAUGGUUUUGAAACUUUUACCAUUUUACCACAUUUAAUUAAAGACUGGGAUCUAACCAAGGUCGGGUUGAAAAGAGAUUCUUGAUUUACACAACAAACUAUAAGAAGAGGAACAAAAAUGCGGCACUGUUGACGACAAUCCUGUCUUCCUUUUUUUGUACAGGGUCUUAAAUGGAUGAGGGGCUGUUUCAUUUUUAUAACUAUAAUUCACAGAUAAUGUAGUCAGAGGCAAUGAACUUUAUCUUUCACAUUUCACAAAAAAGGUGAUGGCCAGUGGUAUUAAGAGUUAAUUUGAUUUUGAAACAUUCUGUUCAAGGCAAACCCUCUCUCAGUGCCAUCAAGUUCUGUCAGAUAAUAAAAGUAGACAAAAGAGGCUUCUUUUUUCUUUUCUUUUUCUUCUCUUUUAUCAUCAGAUCACCAGAAAGAUGAGGAAAUCACUUGCAUCACUAGGUUACACUGAGCAAGACAUUGAUAGAAUGACUCCCAGCGAAGCCAGUGAUAAAGUUAGCUGUGGUGUACAAAACUCAUCACAAGCAUCAGGGACGAAGCAAGUUAAAACAGAGGACCAAUCAAGAGAUGUUAAAUGACAUAUUAUCUCGGCGAAGCCCUGGUUUAAGUUAUUCAGAGGAUCACAUCAGAUGCUACUUCAAAUAAGUUACCUGAAUAGCUUCAAGUAACUAUUUCGUCCAAGUCUUAGUUUUGGAAUAUCGAGAAAUUCAAAGUAAAAUUUGAUGAAAUUUCCGUGACUAAGAACCACUCUGGGCUGUGGAAAAAGAGAAAGUGAAUUAGAAUUUGGAACUGAAUUUUUCAAUUUCUCUCAUGUUAAUCUAAGAAAGAACACUUUGAACUUAAGCCAAAAGCCCUGUGAUCAUCAGCUUGAUUAAAAGUUCAUAUCAAGGUAGGCCAUCGUCACUGAGGUUUGAAAGGAACUUGAGUAAAAUUUACAGAACUGCCAUCAGCUUUGACAACGGGGCUUCAGUAAUAUAGAGAAACACAAAGAGACCAUAUUGAUCCAAGAUGUGGAGAAAAGUAGAUCGACUGAGUAUCGGCUUGCAGUUGACGAAUAUGCGCACAAGGAUUCCCGCCAAUGAGUACUCGUAGUAAACGCAGAUAGAUACGCUCAUGCGCGGGGAAAAACAAUCGACUGAUUGGUCGAGGUUUUGCAUUUGAUUUGUUGAAAGAACAGUGCGAGUUUUCGAGACAAAUCAUAGAACUUUCCGAAAAUAUGCUUUGCAUUCUCGACGAUCGUGGUUCGCACCAAGAAAAGGGUUGUACAUUCUUCAAUGUCCUCUGCGUGCGAUUGUAAAAUCCCUCUCAGAAGCGAGAGAACGAAUUUCGAAAAUCUGUCAAUUGGCGAUCCAAUUUAUACAAUGCUUCUAAUGUAUGAGUGUGAGAGAUGAUUACAAUUUCGAAUAUGAGCUUGUAUAAGGGAAG